AUUAAAUAAAGGAAGGCCACUGUUUUCCUACAAAGCAAGUUCUGUAACAUUUAAAUUGGAAAUCACAUUCGGGCACACAGUCCACCAUUCCAACAUCGCUCACCAAAACAAAAAACAUGAAGAAAAAUCACCAUUUUAAGUUUCUGUUUCUGGCCGUACUCUUUUUCCUUUCUUCUCCGGCCAUCUCCACCUCGGAGAAAACCAGACGGAAGACAUACAUCGUCUGCGUCGAUGGCGAGGCCAAACCAUCGGUCUUUCCUACCCACGCCCACUGGUACGAAACCGCUGUGGCUGCCGCGGAAGCCGACUCUUUCGAGGGAGACACUGGUUGGACCUCCGGUGGUCCCCUCAUCCACACAUACUCCUCCAUAUUCCACGGUUUUUCGGCUAGGAUGACACCGUCCGCAGCAGCAGCCCUCUCGGUAGCAGCCGGCGUCCUCGCAAUUCUUCCAGAGCAAGUUCGCCACCUGGACACUACCCGUUCGCCGCAGUUCCUCGGUCUCAAAUCAUCCGACAGCUCCGGCCUCCUCGCUGAAACUGACUUCGGCUCCGACCUUGUCAUCGGCGUAAUCGACACCGGAAUCUGGCCGGAGCGCCGCAGCUUCUCCGACAGCAGCCUCGGCUCCAUCCCUGCCAAGUGGCGCGGAACCUGCGUUGCCGGGACCAGCUUCCUCACCACAGCCUGUAAUCGCAAGCUCAUCGGCGCAAGGUACUUCUCCGGCGGCUACGAGGCCACCAGUGGCCGAAUGAACGAGACUGCAGAGCUCCGCUCUGCACGCGACACCGACGGCCAUGGAACUCAUACCGCCUCCAUCGCCGCUGGCAGGUACGUUUACCCGGCGUCCACACUUGGUUACGCCCGUGGCGUUGCCGCAGGGAUGGCGCCCAAAGCACGUCUCGCCGUUUAUAAAGUCUGUUGGGCCGCUGGUUGCUUUGAUUCUGACAUCCUCGCCGCCUUUGACGCGGCCGUCGCUGACGGCGUCAAUGUCAUCUCCCUUAGCGUUGGCGGUGUUGUCGUACCUUACUACCUUGACGCCAUCGCCGUUGGCUCCUUCGCUGCGGUGGAGGCUGGGAUAUUCGUCUCCGCCUCUGCAGGAAACGGCGGCCCUGGAGGACUCACGGUCACUAACGUCGCUCCCUGGGUGACCACCGUCGGAGCGGGAUCCAUGGAUAGAUCCUUCCCCGCUGACGUUCGCCUCGGAAACGGACGCGUCCUCCCAGGUGUCAGCGUGUAUGGCGGGCCGCCACUCAGAAAAGACUUGCUGUACCCCCUAAUUUACGCCGGCAGCCCUGGAGAAGCCUCUGGCGGCGGCGGUGAAGGAUACUCUGCCUCCCUCUGCCUCGAGGGAUCCCUAAGCCCUAGUACUGUUAAAGGCAAGAUCGUCGUUUGCGAUCGCGGCGUCAACUCUCGGGCGGCAAAGGGAGAAGUAGUUCGGAAAGCCGGCGGCGCUGGCAUGAUACUCGCCAACGGCGUCUUCGACGGAGAGGGCCUUGUCGCCGACUGUCACGUCCUUCCGGGUACUGCCGUUGGCGCCAGCGCCGGGGACGAAAUUCGAAAAUACAUUGCAUCAGCCGCCACCCCCACCGGCACUAUUCUAUUCCGCGGCACGCGCCUCGGCGUCCGCCCGGCCCCUGUAGUCGCAUCCUUCUCCGCGCGUGGCCCCAGCCCUCAGUCCCCAGAGAUCCUAAAGCCGGACGUUAUCGCCCCGGGCCUGAACAUCCUCGCGGCGUGGCCGGACGGCAUUGGUCCCGCCGGGAUCGACUCGGACCAUCGCCAAACGGAGUUCAACAUCCUUUCAGGAACAUCGAUGGCGUGCCCCCACGUCUCUGGCCUCGCGGCGCUGUUGAAGGCAGCGCAUCCGGAUUGGUCACCUGCGGCUAUCCGGUCGGCAUUGAUGACCACCGCUUACAACAAAGACAAUGAGGGGAAACCGAUGCUAGAUGAAGCAACCGGAAACGUUUCCGGCGUCUUCGAUGCAGGAACCGGCCAUGUUGAUCCGCGACGCGCAAUGGAUCCGGGACUUAUCUACGACAUUGCCCCAAUGGAUUACAUCAAUUUCCUGUGCAAUUUAAACUACACAUCGGAAAAUAUAAAAUCCAUCACAAGAAGAGGGGCGGAUUGCACGGGGGCGAAGAGGGCUGGGCACGCUGGGAAUCUGAACUACCCGUCGUUCUCGGCAUUGUUCGCUGGGGUUGCAGGCAAUGGUAAAACGAGGCAGUCAACGCAUUUCCUGAGGACAGUGACGAACGUCGGGAGAGGCGCGGCAGUAUACCGUGCGGAGGUUUCGGCGCCGACGGGGAGCAAGGUGGAGGUGGAGCCGUUGGAACUGAGAUUCCGGCGGACGGGGCAGAAACUGAGUUUUCUGCUUAGAGUGGAGCUGGAGGCGGCGGAGGGGGAGGGAGGAAGGUUGCCGGCAGGGAGCUCCGCCGUGAGGGGCGGCGAGAUCGUGUGGAAGGAUGGCCAGCACAGCGUUAGGAGUCCUAUUGUUGUUACGAUCCAGGCUUCCCUUUGACGGUCGCUGUGACAGCAUUUACAAUUUCCUUUUUUUAUUUCCUUUAACGCUUUUUCUUUUGCAUUCGAACUUUUUAUAAUUUUUUUUCUUUUCAAUGUUUUUCAUAGUGCUGAAACAAGCAGAGUGACGUUGUGAGUUUGUUUUAAAGCGAAAAGAUGUACAUUUCGAUAACGGGUUUGUAAGUGUGGUGGGGUAUAAAUAGAUGGUAUCGUCGCUUUUCCUACUGA